AUGGGACGCUGUGGACGCUGGGCGACGAAGGUGGCGAACUUCUUCACGGACGAGGAGGAAGGGGCAGAGGCCAGCGAGGCGGUGGCCAAGGUUGCCAACUCGAUCGUGUUGAUGUCGUACGGCCGCGAAGAAGACCCGGAACGAGACUUCUUCACCAGCCGCACCCCCAACUGGAAGCUGCGCGUCUUCAACGUCAUCGUGGGCCUAAUCCAGCUGAUCACUGGUGUGAUUAUCGCUGGCAUAACAAAGAAGGACUCCCGGUUCCCAUGGUACACGGACUUCGCGAAGAGCUGGCAGGCCAGCAGCCCCGACUUCUACGUGCCCGACACCAGGGAGGUGGCCGACAUGCCGAUCGGCUACUACUCGGCCCUCUUCCUGUGGCUCUCCGCCUUCAACCACUUCCUCACCGCCCUGCCCGGCGGGUGGCAGCUCUACAAGUACUGGCUCCAGCGCAACCAGAACCACUUCCGCUGGCUCGAGUACUCGGUCUCGGCCAGCAUCAUGCACGUCAUGGGCGCCCAGCUGUCCGGCGCCACCGAGAUCCACCUCCUCUUCGCCAUCUUCGUCCUGGGCGCCACCACCAUGAUCUUCGGCUCCAUGCACGAGAGGGCCAACUGGAAGUACUACGGCUACUCGUCCAAGGAGCGGCCGAGGAACUGGCAGCCGCUGAUCUCGGGCUUCGUACCGCACCUGGGCGGCUGGCUCAUCAUCUUGUGCUACUUCUUCCAGGCCGUCUCGCGAGGCGACCCGCCCGGUUUCGUGUGGGCCAUCAUCUUCAUCAUCUUCAUCCUCGACAACACGUUUGCGGUGAUGUUGUGGCUGCAGUGGUUCGAGUGGGGCAUCUUCAAGAAGAACUACGUACUGGGCGAGAUCGGGUUCAUCAUUCUGUCGCUCACCAGCAAGCAGCUCCUCGCCUGGAUCAACUACGGCGGUUCGCAGCGAGCAUGA